AUGGACAACGACUUACACAGCGAAGAUGAAAAAGAUGGCAUUGUCUGUUUAUGGAAGGGCUUUCAUAGUGACAUCAAAAUUCAGACAUUUGAUGCUUUUGCUCACAAAAUUAUCAAGAGAAUUUCUCUUGGCUUUGAGCAUGGACUUUUCUUGAGCACUGAAAAAGAAGUCUUUGUAGUUGGAAGCAACAGCCAUCAUCAAUUGGGUCUUGGCAAUCUCACAGAACCUUCCAUUGAUUCACCUCGAUUGUUAGACUAUUUCACAGGCAAAGAAAUCCUAGAAAUUUCUUGUGGCAAAGCAUACAGUGCAGUUAUCUCUGCUUCUGGAGAUGCUUACAUGUGGGGUGAUUCUGGUAGUGGGCAGUGUGGAGUUGGGCGCAAAGAAGAUGUCCUCACCCCUGAGUUAGUGUCAUUCUCUAUUCAGGAAGAUAAAUGCAAACAUGGGGUACCUUUACCAGAGGAAAAAAUACACGUUCGAAAAGUGGCUUGUGGCCACACACACACAUUGGCAAUUACAAAUCGAGGAGAAUUGUGGGCAUGGGGCAGUGGUAUGGGGCUAGGAUUGGGAGACAAAAAGGAAGCACUGGUACCAGAGAGAGUCCAAGAACUGUCUGAUUCAAAUGUUCUUGAUAUCGCUUGUGGAAUGGCACACAGCUUGGCCUUAGUUGAAAAACACGGACAUGUGACUACGCCAAGGAAAUCUAUUUCAGAUAUGAAGUAUCACAAAUAUUACCCACCGACAUGUGCCAAAUGCAAUCAGGAGAUUUACAGUUAUAUUGAGACAAAUGAUCUGUGUAUCAUCAGUGAUGAGCACACUUGCACAAAGAAGGUUGAAAAGAAGUCUACACCAAAAGCCAAUGAGGAUGCUAAAAGUGAACAGACCUCAAGUGUAACAUCAAGUCCUUUAAAAAGUGAACAGAUGUCUAGUGUUACUUCAAGCCCCUUAAAAAGUGAGCAGGUGUCUAGUGUUGCUUCGAGCCCCUUAAAAAGUGAGCAGGUGUCUAGUGUUGCUUCGAGCCCCUUAAAAAGUGAGCAGGUGACUAAUGUUGCUUCGAGCCCCUUAAAAAGUGAGCAGGUGUCUAGUGUUGCUUCGAGCCCCUUAAAAAGUGAGCAGGUGUCUAAUGUUGCUUCGAGCCCCUUAAAAAGUGGGCCAGAAUCCCCAGUUGCUGCAACUGAUUUGAACCAAUCAGCAACACUCUCUCCGAGUCCAACAAUUACAAGAUUAUCAGACAAUCAAACUGACAGUAUUUCUCUAAAAGAUGAAGGUGAUAGUAUCAGUCAAGACCAGUCUUACAGCCAAAGUUCCCACAUGUCAACCUCAUCCACUACUGAAGACAUUGUGCAAAAAAAUAAAUCUCACAUACUUGAUGAGGAAGAAGCACGUGAAUAUCUGGCCAAACAAAUGAAUGACCAAGAUGCUAAUGGAGGGGACGCUAGCUGUCAGCACCCUAUUAAAACAAGACUUGAAAACCUGUUUACUUCUGUUCCCGAGACAUCAGUUGCUGUUGUACAACAAGUCACCGAUCUUACCAACCGUGCUAUCAGUACUUUUCGGUCAUCAGUCGGUAGCAUGGCUGAUUCAUUUGGCUUUGUGUCAGGUCAACAUAUUGAUCUAGAUGGACUGUCCAAAUCAAGCAGCCUGGACUCUAACCUUCACUCAGAUACCGACUCACCUAGUAUGUCACGUCGAGACUCUGUGUUUACAUAUGACUCUCCUUUGUCAGAGGAUAUGUGGAGAAGGCGUUCUGGCAGUAAUGAUGAUGCCCUGAGUGACCGAACUGAUUCUCAUUCUUCCCUCAGAGCCUUGUGGAGGCGUUCCAAAAAGCUUGAGAAAGAACGGCAGUCACACAAAAAAGAUGACAAAAGUUCAACUAGCUCACCUCAUUUAGAACCAUUGCCUUAUUUUGAGACUGAAGUUUGGUCUUGGGGUAAGAACAGCAAAGGACAACUGGGACUUGGAGAUACAAUUGAUCGUGAUAAACCUUGCUGUAUUAGAAUUUUGAACUCCAAGAACAGCACUAAAAUUAUUGCUGGACCUCAGCAUUGCCUGGCACUUACAGCAUAUUCCCAGGUUUAUUCUUGGGGUUCCAAUUCACAUGGUCAGCUUGGAUAUUCUGAAUCUUCCACUGUUCCUAGUCCUGUCAAGUUUGUGGCUAACUGUUUGGUAUGGGACAUUGCUGCUGGUGAGAAUCACUCAUUGUUUCUUACAGACUCUGGGGGCUUUCAUCCUGAUGUCUAUUACUCAGGCAAACAUCCCAGUGAUAGCAAAACUACUUACAGUUCUAUGAUAAAGACAACUAAACCAGUUGCUUUGAACAGUUUGAGAAAGGUGAUUCCACCAAGAUGUCAUCUAAAUAAAAACAAAAGAUCUGGUUGGAUUCGUUCAUUGGUAGCAGGAGGCAGCACUUGUGCUUGUUUGGUUGGGAAGAGUUCAUCAGGACAAACAGCCACUGCUUUCGAGCUUGCCUUGUCAGAACGAAAUUUCUAUUUUCACUUAAACAAAAUAGCAUCAAAAUUUCUCAAGCCUCUGAAAACUUCUGUCUUCUUUUGUUCAAUGGAUGUCAAUCCUUACAAACCAACAUUUAAUAAUCUUGUUGAGUCUUUCCUUCACCUCACCAAUAAAAUUGGUGAAAACUGUGUGGAACUGACAAGAUUAAUUCGUGGUAAUGAAGACAUUACUCAAUGUCACAUGUUCCAGCAGUCAAAUAACUUGCUCAAGGUUUUCAAAAACUAUUCACAUUGUUUCGGAGACAUGGCAGCAAUCAAUGGUUUUGAGUUCUGUGCAAAGUUAGGGAGUUCUUAUUUUGAGAAAAUCCAGAUUGUCUUUGCUGAUAUUCUGGAUGAAACUAACACGGAGAAGAUCAAUUUUGCAUCAGCCUUGCAGCGAAUAAUGCAGUACCCUCUCCGACGCCUCAAAGAAUAUGGACAUAUGGCUGAUAAAUUGUCUAUGGGAUAUCCUCUGGAUUCUGAAAUGCGAUCUUUUUUGAGUGGAAUUUCCAUUGCAUGGGAUUCAUUGAAACUUGCUUCAAAUGAAGAACACAAACAAGCUGAUAUUACCAGACUCUUUUGGGAAGCAAGUACACAACGAUUAGUUGAAAGUCUUCGCACUCCAGAGCGCCGUCUGCUGCGUGAUACAAAGCAGCAUCCAUUAACACAAGCCAGUGCUGGUCGAUUUUCAGUUCACAACUUUCUUCUUUUCAACGACAUUUUUGUACAUGUGCAUGGUUCUUCAAUCACAAUUUUUCCUCUUGAAACUGUGUGGGUUGAUACAUCCACAGAAAUAGAACAAACACAAGACACUUUGGUCAUAAUUGUUCCUGAAGAUAUUUUUGUUUUGACUGCUGCCUCAUUAGCCAGUAAGGCUGAAUGGUUAAUGGAACUGAAUCAAGCCAUCAAUAAUUGUUAUCGUCCUCCAAGAUCUGCUUCUGUCAGUGGCAGCAGCCGGGUAGAAGCCAACCGACUUACACCUCCUUUGGUACGACAGGCUCAGUACAAAUUUUCCAAACAUGCCAUCUUCAAAGAUGCUACAUACAAUGGAACAUGGAUGAAAGCAAAAAUUCAUGGGCAUGGAGAAAUGAAGUGGCUUGAUGGAAGGCGAUACAUUGGCAAAUUUAUCAAUGGAUUGCAACAUGGGAAUGGUAAAUACAUUGUCCCCAAAGGAGAGUGUGAAGAGAUUUAUGAAGGUUCCUGGAAAGAUGGUAAAAUGAAUGGUCUUGGUUCAGUCAUUUAUCCAAAUGGAGACCGUUAUGAUGGUUACUUCAAAGAUGGUCAGAAAUUUGGACAUGGAGUUUUUCGUCAAGGAAAACACCUGGCUAGUGUGGCAAGUGUUUAUAUUGGUGAAUGGAUGGCAGACAAACGUUGUGGGUAUGGUGUCCUUGAUGAUGUGCUCAGAGGUGAAAAAUACAUGGGAUUAUGGCAAGAUGACAAUCGCCAUGGUAAUGGCAUUGUAGUUACAUUGGAUGGCAUGUACUUUGAAGGAAACUUUGUUCAGGGAAAACUUAGUGGAUUUGGUUUGAUGCUGACAGAUGAUGACAGCUGUUAUGAAGGGGAAUUUUCUGGUAUCACCCAACUGAAUGGCAAAGGUACUCUGCGUCUUCCAAAUGGUGACCGUAUUGAUGGUCAUUUCAGUGGUUCCUGGAAUGAAGGUCUAAAAGUAAAUGGUACUUUUCACAAAGGAAUGGCUCAAGAUAGUCUGAAGAAAACGGGCCAUGUGUGUGGCAUUCAGUCAAAAACAUAUGGUUCGUUAUCUGUGACUGCUGACCGUAAAUGGGAAGACAUUUUUAGUCAUUGCAAAGCCAUGUUGGGCUAUACAGGUGAAGGUAAAGCUGACACAGGCAAAGCAUGGGAAUCCGUGGCUGUGAUGAUCACAAGAGGCAAAAAGACGCUCAAUGAUCGAGAAUUCAAUUCGCCUUCCAAGAUGCGAAUGAUGUCAAGCACUUUGGAAGAAUUAGAGAAAAUCCCCCCAUAUUCAGAAGGAAGGAUAACUCUGGAAUAUUAUCACAAAAUUGCAAGAUACCUUGCUAUGGCUUUUGAUACAAAAUUUCACCCAGUUGGCAAGCUUAUUGAUGGUCUUGUUGAUGUUUUCCGUGCCGCCUAUAUUGGAAUUGGAGCUCAUCCUCGUCUUCUACCACAUGCUGUUCAAGAAAUCAAGUCUUAUGUCAAACGCAUUUAUAAAGUUAUUCGGAUUUUAUUUCCAGAUCUUCCUUCAUCAUCAAAACCUGUUCGCAUUUAUUCCAUUAAGACUCCACCUCCUCCUGCAGAUGAGAACGAGAGUGUCAUUGAACAAGACUUCAUGACCAACAAUGAAAAACACAAUAGUGAGGUAGUCACUCCAGCACUUCUGCUUCAUCCACUGCUGCUGCCUAAAAUUUACCCUCCCCUUUUUGACCUUUAUGCUCUCUUUAAUGACAAAGAAGAUGAGAAAUACUGGGAACGUGUACAGAAGUUGAAUCGACAAGGAGAUAUGGCCUUGAUGGCUUAUCUUGGAAUUGAUCAAAAAUUUUGGUUGAUUGAAGACAACUUGUUCCAAGGUAACCGACAGAAACUCUCUGAGAUCCGUGACCACUGUUAUGCAUCUGCUGUUGAAAUGCUGCAACAAAUAAGUACGGCAUUCAGUCCUUGUGAAAAACUGGCUGUGAUACGAAGGACAUUUUUAGAAAUCACCAAGGCUGUUCAAAUCACCCUUGGCAAUGAUUACAUUUGGUGCAUGGAUGAUUUGUUUCCGAUUUUCCAAUAUGUUGUGGUUCGAUCCAAGAUCCAGCAUCUUGGAGCAGAGAUUCACCUAAUCGAUGAUUUGAUGGAACGACAUUUGGAACACGGCGAGUUGGGUAUCAUGUUUACAACACUCAAGGCUUGCUACUUUCAAAUUCAGCAUGAAAAGAUGCCAACUUGA